CCAUGACCUCCUCCCUAAGAAAUUCAAUACACAGGCGCAACCACAAGGAGCGCUCUCAGCUUGCACACAGGGCAAAGUUCGGCGUCCUUGAAAAACAUGCCGACUAUGUCAAGCGUGCUCGCGAUUAUCACUCCAAGCAGGAUCGCCUCACGCGUUUCAAACAAAAGGCCGCAGAAAGGAAUAAAGAUGAAUUUUAUUUCUCGAUGAAAAGGGAGAAGACAAAGGGUGGUGUUCACGUCAAAGACAGAGGCAAUGUCGCCCUUCCUUCCGAUAUAGUCAAAGUAUUAAAGACCCAAGAUGAAAAUUAUGUUCGGACAAUGAGAUCAGCUGGGCUCAAGAAAAUUGAUAAAAUCAAAUCACAAUUAACGGAGAUGGCGGAUCUCUUGAAGCCAACGGGAGCAGCCAGUGACGAUGAGGUUGAGGAAGAGCUCGAUGACGAAGAGUACCAGACACUUUUGGACGCUGGUAUGCUUUCCCAGAGGCCAGGAGGAAGGAAGCGGAGGCCAGGACAUAUUAUAUUCGCGGAAAGUUCGGAAGAAGCGAAGAAGCUUGGUAGCAAAAGAAAACGUACCAUUGAAGAGCCAUCCCAUCCCAAAGAGGUUCAACAGGACCUUGGCUGGGCGUCGACUGCCUCAAAGAAAAAAUCGAUAAAAGAGGUCGUCGAGUCUUCCCCCCAAGACGAUGAGGAUGCUCGGGAAACGCAAGCGCUAGCAAGGGAGAGCAAAAAGCGACUCUUGACAGAAUUAUCGGCACGGCUAGGGCGAGACCAGUCAUUGCGUUACGCUCAGCGAGAAUUUGAAAUGCAGCGUCUUAUGAUGGGAAAGGGUGGGCGCAAGAAGAUACGGGGAGUGGAGAAAGUUGAGGGAGAAAACGACGAAGAUGAGGAGGAGGAUCAAGAUGAAAUCGAUGCACGCAAGGGCAGACGGCGGAAGUCGAGUCAAAAGGUGGAUGAGACGACCUAUAAACCCAGGGUUUACAAGUGGAAGCUGGAGCGUAAACGGUGACAUGUUUUCAAAGUAGGUAUCAUAUUGUCCAUGGUAUUAUACGAAUUCUAAAUGUUC